ACCAGAGAACACACAAGCUGUUGUUAACGAGCAUACCGGCAAACUGACGGCUUUCUGUUCAUGGACAGUGGAGCUCAUAGUUUGCCUGUUAAAUACCGACAAAUUUACGUCCGGUACAAGCUAACGUGUAGCUGCAGUUAGCUUACGUGUAGCUGCAGUUAGCUAACGUAACCCUCAAUAGCGCUCAUGGCCUCUCAGAACAUGGACCCUGCAGCAGCAGCAGCUUCGUCCACAGCUGCUCUGAAGGGUAGUGAGAGCGGCGGCAGCGCAGCCAGAGGUUCUGUGUCCAAAAGGCUACAGCAGGAGCUCAUGACUCUAAUGAUGUCAGGUGAUAAGGGAAUCUCUGCGUUUCCAGAAUCAGAUAAUCUCUUCAAAUGGGUCGGGACCAUCGAUGGGGCCCAGGGCACAGUGUAUGACGGCCUCAGGUACAGGCUGUCUCUGGACUUCCCAGCUGGUUACCCAUAUCAGGCUCCUCGUGUGAAGUUUGUCACGCCGUGUUUUCAUCCCAAUGUGGACGAACAAGGUUUCAUCUGUCUCGACAUCCUGAAGGACAAAUGGUCAGCACUCUAUGACGUCCGCUCCAUCCUGCUGUCCAUCCAGAGCCUGCUGGGAGAACCAAACAACGAGAGUCCACUGAACACGGCGGCGGCAGAACUGUGGGACGAUCAGGAAGCCUUUAAAGCUCAUCUACACUCGACCUUCCAGAAGUGAAGCCACUCUGUUUUCUUCUUCUCCUGUCGUUUGUCUUCUUCUGUGUUUGUACAAUAUUUUUAUGUUUGUUCAGCUCGCUGUUUCAAUAAAGUUCUUAAUUCAACACA